CCAACGUCUCAUCACUCAGAAAACCAGAGCAUCUGAGAGACAAACAGGCAGAACAUGGAGGGGGUCAGUGAGGAUGACCUCUGCUGGCUGCAGCUCGAUGACUUCAGGAUGCUGCUGAUUAAAACCAUCGACCCGUCCAUCAUCACUCCUUAUCUUCGUCAGUGUCAGGUGAUCAGUGCUGAGGAUGAGGAACAACUCUUCAACGACCCGACGCUCAUCCUCAAGAGGAGGAAAGUCGGAGCUCUACUGGACAUCCUGCAGAGGACCGGGGUGAAGGGUUACACUGCCUUCCUGGAGAGCCUGGAGCUAGAUUACCCUAAGCUGUACAGCCGGAUCACCGGAAAGGAACCCAACAAGACCUUCAGCAUCCUGAUUGACACAGCAGGAGAGUCGGGUCUGACCCAGUUCUUGAUGUCGGAGCUCACCCGGCUGCAGAGGGCGCUGCAGGAUGAGAGGAGGCGUCGCCAGCAGGCUUGCUCCGUUGCUAAGGAACAGGAGGUCUGGUCCUGUCAGCAGCAGCUGAAGGACCGCGAGCUGAGGAAGCUGACUGAGCGUGUGCAGAAGAUACGGGAGGAGAGGGAGCAGCUGAACGAGGAGGUGAAGCAGCUCAGAGACCACAACUACAGCCUGAUGGCCGACAUCAACACUCUGAACCAGGAGAAGAGCAACGCCCUGCUGGCCAACAGGGACCUGCAGAUAGAGGUGGAGCGGCUGAAGCACACGGUGCAGCGAGCUGAGAAUCAGACCCGGAUGCUGAGACGACGGACAGUAAGGCCUCUGCAGGAGAGCAGAACCCCGACUCUGCCGACAGACAACUUCUUCCACGAUGACACGCAGGAGGAGCACAAAGAGGAGAAGCAAGAGGAGGUGCAGAAGGAGACAAAGCAGGCAGAGCAGGAGGAGAGCCUAAAGGAGUCGCAGCCACGUCACGGAUGUCGACCUCCUCAGAUGAACCUCCUCUCCGCAGUUUUCAGGCUGAGGAGAGAACUCCACAGAGCAGAGGAGCAGAGAGCCAAGAGCGUGGCGGAGAAGGAGGAGCUGGAGCUGCGCUGUGCUCAGCUGAAAGGAGACUCUAAGAUGUACCGCCAGCAGAAAAAGCAAACCCUGCGACAGCUGGAGGAGGUGAUCCGAGAGAGAGACAAGGCUCUGGAGUCUCAGAGGCAGCAGCAGGAGGAGGCGCGACUGCUCCUGCAGGAGAAGGAUCAGUACAGGGAGAACGUCAGGCAGCUCACUGAGAAAUCUGACAAGCUGGAGCUGCUCCUGCUGAGGUCACAGGGGGAGGAGCUACAGCUGAGGACACGCCUUCGCAAGAUGACCUUCAACUCUCAACAGAUUGACAGGAGCGUGAGCAGCGAGGAAGAGGAGGAGCCUGCAGGCGACGUUGCUAAAGGCAGGAGUGAGGAGGUUCACAGCUGCACGUCUGAAGAGAAGGAGACGAGGUCUCCUCAGCAGGAGCACAGUUCUCCUGCAGGAGCCAGAGAGGCUGAGCACAGGCCCAGCAAUGUUGCAUCAUGGGACGAGCAGACGGACAGCCUUCACACUUCCAUCAGCCGUCCAAACUUUUUCUAUCGCAGGAAGCGAGCCCUUAGGACAAAGCUGAUCAACUCAGAGUACACGGUCGGUAACCUGGACGACAGCAGCGGCAGUGAAAUCACCGAGUCUGACUGAGGAGGUGCCGGGAGCACGUCUGGAUCAACGUUCCGAUUCCAAAGCUGCUCCUCCUGCUUUCAUGUUUCAGAUGAUUAAAUGUUUGUAUUUCCUGAGGGAAACUGAAAUAAAUCCAUUUGGUAACGUU